CUCUACCCAUAAAAUGUAACUCAAACCCGAAUUUGUGUGCUAAGAGGUAACAGACAACACGGUGAUCUCAUUCUUCCCUUUAUCUGGGAGUGAGAUUGAAGCGCCAAUCAUCAAUAGAUUGUCGAUGGCCGAUACAAUCCUCAGACGAGGCGCGAACGCAUCCGUCCUCGCACAAGCCAUCAUAAACACUGUCAUCGACCUCGCUCUCCCAAUCGUUACAGCAUACAAAGAUGUCGUUGGCAGUCUCGAGCUUGAUAUCCUAACAAAACCUGAUAUCAAGCAUACAUCAGAGCUUUACAUUACGACCACGGAGAUCGAGAUGAUUCGCAGCUCAGUCAGCCCUAUUCUCAACAUCGUCAAAUCGCUUCGGGACAAGAAGAACGACAAAGUGGACACACCCCCCUCGACCUCACCAGGAGGGGCGCCACACGUGAGAGACGACGACGACAACAGCGAAUCCAAAGUGAAAAUCAGCGCCGUCGCCCUAACCUACCUCCGCGACGCAGAAGACCACAUCAUCCUGAUCACCGAAUCGCUCGACUCGAUGCGCAAAUCAUGCACCAACAUGAUCGACCUAAUCUUCAACACCAUCUCGGCAUACCAGAACGAAUCCAUCAAACAGCUCACAUUCGUCACCAUUGUGUUCCUCCCCCUUGGCUUCUUGACUGCCUAUUUCACCGUCCCUUUCACGGACUUUGCGGAUGAGAAGCAUAGCCAGAAGUUUUAUUGGGGGAUUACUAUACCGGUUGUUGUUGUGGUCGUUUUGUUUUUGGCGAGGAAUAUUUUGACGUGGUAUUAUCGGAGGAUGGUGCAGAGGAGGUUUCUUGUGAGGAGUCGGAAGGCGAAUGCGAGAUCGGAAUAAAGCAUAGUGCUUUGAGUUCUUGAAGCAAGAAACUUACGUUUACAUGACAUGACAUGAUAAAAGGCUAAUUGACAAG